GGGAAAGCAAACAAUUUUCAGGCCCGCCGCGUCUAGCAAAAAAUAUGAGAAAAAAAUUAUUAAAAAUUCGGAAAAUAGUUGAAAGUCAAGAAAAACUCAACAGAAAGGAUGUUAAAGCGUCCGGGGAACCUGAGUCCCGGCGGUGUUGAGCACAUAAGACUGGUUCUUGGCCACUGCACCCCUGUCCAUGUAGCUGGUCUGCCUUAGAGUGCCAUGGCCACGGGAACCCAGGGCCACCGUGACCACAUCCUGGAGAAAGCCAAACUUGCACCGCCCAUGGGGAGGCGCAAGAGAGCAGAGGGAAAGCCGAAGAAAAAUUUCCCCUGCCAGGAGUGUCAGAAAGCUUUCAACAGCCUGGAGAAGUUGAAGGUGCACUCAUAUUCUCACACAGGAGAAAGACCCUACCGCUGCUCCCACCCUGACUGCACCAAGGCUUUCGUCUCCAAAUACAAGCUGCUACGGCAUAUGGCAACUCACUCGCCAGAAAAAAACCACAAGUGUUCAUACUGUGAGAAAAUGUUCCACCGCAAGGAUCACUUAAAGAAUCACCUACACACUCACGACCCGUACAAGGAGGCAUUCACCUGUCAGGAGUGUGGCAAGAGCUACAACACCAAGCUGGGCUUCAAACGUCACCUCGCCCUCCACGCUGCCAACAGUGGAGACCUCACCUGCCAAGUGUGCCUGCAGCCGUUCCCCAGCACAGGGGUUCUUCUGGAACACCUCAAAACACACGCUGGCAAGUCCUCUGGCGGGACCAAAGAGAAAAAGCAUCGCUGCGAGCAUUGCGAGCGGCGAUUUUACACCCGUAAAGAUGUGCGACGCCACAUGGUGGUGCACACCGGACGCAAGGACUUCCUUUGCCAGUACUGUGCACAGCGCUUUGGUAGGAAGGACCACCUGACACGUCAUGUGAAAAAGAGCCACGCCCGGGAGCUGCUGAGGGUAAAAACUGAGCCAGCUGAUUCGCUGGAGCCAGUCGUCUACGACUUGUUGUCUGGGGGUAUCAAGGGCGAGCUUCCAGGAAUGCUGACGCCAAGGCCACACCAGCUCAACAUGUACACAGGCCCCGUCCUGGACACAGAGCCCUUCCCCACCACCACACACCCCUUUUCUUUGAAAUACCCGCUGGGCUCCAAUUUUACCUCAUACGCCUUCUCCUCACAGGAGCGGGAGCAGAAUCUAAAGGGAGAACUGGAGACCUACCUGAUGGAGCUGCAGAGCAGCAUGCCCUCCUCAUCCUCUGCAGCCGAAGAACCCCAACUCUCCUCCUCCAAACUUGAGUUGGAGACCCAAGUGGGCGUGCUAGAGGAAACAAGCCAGGAGGUGUCCCUGUCCAAAAUGUCCACACCGGUGGCAGCAGCCUCCGCAGGUGACUCUCUGGCUUCAUCCUCCUCUCUGAUGGACUUCUCACAGCUUUUCAACUUCCUGCCACUCAAUGGGCCUCCUUACAACCAGGCAGGGGGCAGUGGGGGCCAAGGUGUCGCCUAUCCAGCCAACGAAGAGCCCACACCUCUUGUCCAGCUGCCUCCCCAUGCCCCCGACGGCCAAGAGGCUGCAGAGAAUCCGCUUCAAGGGCUCCCCUCCUCCUUUAUAUCCAACCUGAGCGCACCCACCACACUCCCCCGCUUCCACCAAGCUUUUCAGUGAUCCAGUAUGUACUGCGCAUUGCACACACGCAAGCAAAUACACAUGCUGUCACACAUGUCGAGCUGCACAACCACACCAGCAGACAGCGAAACAAGAUGCCAGUAACACGUUUGAAGAUGUUAGCCCCCCGGUCCAUUUAAUAUGACAACCUGAGCAGACACUAACAUACAUAGGAGACACAUGAUGAUUAGCCCUAAGACCAGGACACACACACACACACACACACACACACACACACAUACGCACACAC